AGCCCAAUAAACAAGCCGGCACACGGACUCGGUCGCGGAGCUCAACCAACCAAAAACCCUUCCAAAACCCUAAAUAUCGUCUCCGCGUCUCCAAAAUGGGUCGACGAAAGAACAACAACAGUAGCAGCACCAGUCAGACUUUCAACGACUCGCAUCAACAACAACACCGCCGCUUCGAGGACGCGGACGAAGAUUUGACCACGGAGAGCUCAAAUCUCCAGGACUCUGUGGUAAUGAGCGACAAAGCCAUGGAGGACGAUUUAAUGUGUGUGCCUGAAGAUGUGUCCUCUAUGGAUGCCGAUGAUGGCAAGACGAGCGCUGACUAUUACUUCGAUUCCUAUUCUCACUUUGGUAUUCAUGAAGAAAUGUUGAAAGAUGUCGUGAGAACUAAGACAUAUCAAAACGUAGUUUAUCAGAAUAAAUUUCUAUUCAAGGACAAAGUAGUUCUAGAUGUUGGAGCUGGGACAGGAAUUUUGUCCUUAUUUUGUGCCAAAGCAGGGGCAGCACAUGUUUAUGCUGUUGAAUGCUCCCAAAUGGCUGACAUGGCGAAAGAAAUUGUUGAAACAAAUGGAUUUUCUAAUGUUGUAACAGUUUUGAAGGGAAAGAUAGAAGAGAUUGACCUACCAAUAGCCAAAGUGGAUAUAAUUGUUUCAGAGUGGAUGGGAUAUUUUUUGUUGUUUGAGAAUAUGUUAAACACGGUCCUCUAUGCUCGGGAUAAAUGGCUUGUCAAUGAUGGAGUUAUACUACCAGAUAAAGCUUCCCUGUAUUUGACAGCCAUUGAGGAUGCAGAGUACAAAGAAGACAAAAUUGAAUUUUGGAAUAAUGUAUAUGGCUUUAAUAUGAGCUGCAUCAAGAGGCAAGCCAUGACAGAGCCCCUGGUUGACACAGUUGACCAGAAUCAAAUCGUUACAAACUGCCAACUGCUCAAGACAAUGGACAUCUCUAAGAUGGUUCCCGGUGAUGCUUCAUUCACAGCUCCCUUUAAGCUCGUAGCAGAACGUGAUGACUACAUCCAUGCUCUGGUGGCUUACUUUGAUGUAUCGUUUACCAAGUGUCAUAAGUUGAUGGGUUUCUCUACAGGGCCAAGAUCUCGCUCCACGCAUUGGAAGCAAACCGUCCUUUACCUGGAAGAUGUGCUAACCAUAUGUGAAGGGGAAGCAUUGACGGGUAGCAUGACCGUGGCACCAAACAAGAAGAAUCCCCGUGAUGUUGAUAUAAUGCUCAAGUAUUCAUUGAAUGGCCGUCGUUGCUCGAUCUCCAGAAGCCAAUAUUAUAAGAUGCGCUGAUGCAGAACAAUUGGUGCAUUGGCCGCUGGGCGGUUGCCCAUCCAUAGCUGCUUCCAUAUGUUUGGCAAUUGUAUUCCUAAUUUUUGUUCUUUGUUCUUUGUUUUUGGAUUCCUAAUUUUUGUUUGCCGUUUCUGUAACUUUAACCAUCUCCUUUCUUCCAUUUGUUCAAAAAAAGAAAAAGAAAAAGAAGACUGUAUUUGUAACUUAUCAAAAAAAGAAGACUGUAUUUGUAAUAUGCAAUUUCUAUUACAUUGGUUGAUUGGUGUG